AACAUUUGUAAGUCAAGAUGGAGGAUGUAAAUUUAAACAAGAUUAAUUUAGUGAUCAAAUGGAGUGGAAAAGAGUUUAAACUAAAUGAUUUUGAUACAAAUAAUACUGUAUUAUUGUUAAAACAGGCCAUCCAAAAUGUAACGGGAGUCCUUCCAGAAAGACAGAAAUUAUUAAACGUCAAAUUUAGAGGAAAGCCAGCUGAUGAUACUGUGGUCAUUUCCACGUUAAAUUUAAAAGAUGGUUUUAAAAUUAUGAUGAUGGGAUCAUUGGAGGAGUCCAUUGCACAAAUAAAUACACCUCAAGAGCCGAAUGAUGUUGUAAAUGACUUAGAUUUACCUGAUGAAGAGUUAACUGUUGACAAUUCGAUAUAUAUUUCGAAGAUAGAAAAAAGAAUUGCAACAUAUAAAAUAGAUAUACUGAACCCACCACGUGACAAUAAAUAUUUAAUUGUUUUGGAUAUCGAUUAUACAAUAUUUGAUCAUCGUUCCACAGCUGAACAACCAGUAGAAUUAAUGCGGCCUUAUUUGCAUGAAUUUUUAACAACAUUAUAUCCAUAUUAUGAUAUUAUGUUUUGGUCUGCAACUAGUAUGAAAUGGAUAUUGGAAAAACUAAAAUUAUUAGGUGUUACAAAUCAUCCUGAUUAUAAAAUUGUAUGUCAUUUGGAUUCAGCUGCUAUGAUUUCAGUUAGUUCGUCUUCACCCAAACAUGAAUUAGUUGAUGUAAAACCUUUACAAGUAAUUUGGGGGAAAUUUCCACAAUAUAGUCCAACGAAUACUGUGAUGUUAGAUGAUAUACGUCAUAAUUUUUUAAUGAACAAACAAAGUGGUUUACGAAUUCGAGCUUUUCGGCAAGCACAUUUUAAUCGUUACAAAGAUAAAGAACUAUUCUUUUUAGCAAAAUAUUUAAAAUAUAUUGCAAAAAAGCAUAUUGAUUUAACGACAUUAAAUCAUCGCAAAUGGGAAAGUUUUAUUUCUCAUGCUAAAGAUUUAGAUCAAAUAUUAUACGGAGAAGAGGACCUCACAGCGAACACAACGUCUCAAAAUGAAAACAGUAAUAAUACCACCGCUGAAGAUUAAAAUAUAUUCUUUUUAUAAAUGAAAUGCCUCAAAAUCAUAAACGUAUAGAAUAAAUUGCACAUUGUUUUGUAUGUCUCUUAUUUUUUUAUAUAAUCAUUAGUCCUGUUCAAAAUCAACAUGCUCGUCGACACUUGUACGGGCGUCUACAACAUUGUCUAUCUCUUACUAAUUAUAAAAAAAAUACAUGCUUUCUUUUUAGAUACCCGCACAAAAGUUGUCGCUCAUUGUUAUUUUGAACGAAUCCAAUGUGUUAAUAUGAUGUUUUAUCGAUAUGAUUGUUUUUAUUUCUUCUAUGGCUUUUUUCAUUAAAUUUUUUCGGUAACGUUGUUGCGACUUUACAUUUGGAUAAUCGGAAUCAUUGUUGAUACUGAUGUUCAAGUGCUUUCAGAAAGAGGUCAAAAUACGGAAUUCUUCAAAUGUGCGAUUAUUCUAUAUGGCUAUGCUUACUACUUAAUAAAUUGAGUUUUUUAUUAUAUACAAUGAUACAAAAAGCUUUAAAAUUUGCUGUGUACGAUUUAAAUAUUUUCGAGCAAUAAAUUAUUUCUAC